AUGGGGUUCCUAGGUGUUUACAAAGCACUCUACGACUAUGCGCCGCAAUCCGAGGGAGAGCUAUCAAUAAGUGAAGGCGAUAUUCUCUAUGUUUUGGAGAAGAGUGCGGAUGAUGAUUGGUGGAAAGCCAAGAAGAGGGCUAGUGCCGACGACGAAGAUGAGCCCGUUGGCCUGGUGCCUAACAAUUACGUAGAGGAGGCACCGCCUGUAGGACAAGCUCGUGCAUUGUACGAAUAUACUCGGCAGACCGACGAAGAGCUGUCUUUCCCCGAAGAUGCCCCAUUGCAAGUCUAUGAUACGUCCGAUCCAGACUGGAUUCUUGUCGGAUUUGAGAAAGAUUAUGGCUUUGCUCCGGCAAAUUAUAUUGAGAUGGGUGCAGCCACAUCGGCUCCGGCUCCGGCUACGACACGGAAAACUGCACCGGAACCUGAACCUGAAAUUGAACCUGAGCCUGAGCCCGAACCUUUACCCGUACCGAAGCCCCCGUCCUUGCCUACGCGAGCCUCUGUUUCCUUUGCUCCUGUCGAGUCAGAAGAACCUCAAAGCCCGCCUCUUCCGGAUAGAAACCCUCCAGCAAGAGCUCCAGCGGCCCCUACAGCACCGGGUCCGGCGGCUGCUUUAGCCGGCGUGAUGCAGGGCAGAAGUUCUACUCGUGCGGCAACGCCUCCUCCUGUUACCAUACCUCCUCGCCAGCAAUAUCUCUCUGAAGAAUCUGAUGGCGAACCAAGUCCCGCUCUACCAGUACGGCCACGACCCCAAUCAAGUAUGCCGAACGAACAACGACGCGCGUCAGCUCAUCCGCAACGGUCUUCUAGCCGCCGUGAGUACGAAGAUGAGAUCCACCCACCACAGUCAGGCCGGAUCGCGCCUGGUGGCUUCCAUCUAUAUAACAUCAACGAGAUGGUGUCUAUAAUGGGCAAGAAAAAGAAGAUGCCCACAACAUUAGGCGUAAACUUGAAAACUGGGGUUAUUCUAAUCGCCCCUGAGCAUGUCUCGGACGGCCCAAGUCAAGAGUGGACUGCAGAGAAGAUGACACAUUACUCCCGUGAGGGUAAGCACGUGUUUCUAGAGCUCGUUCGGCCGAGCAAGAGUAUAGAUUUCCAUGCGGGUGCCAAGGAUACUGCCGAGGAGAUUGUCAGCGCUCUCGGCGAGCUGUCCGGAGCUGUACGGGCAGAAGGUUUGCGGGAGGUUAUCAUGGCCGGAACUGGCCAAAGUGCCCAGAAGAAGGGGCAGGUUCUUUACGACUUUGAAGCACAGGGAGAAGAUGAAGUUACAGUUUCUAUAGGAGACGAAGUCAUGAUCCUCGACGAUACCAAGAGCGAAGAAUGGUGGCAAGUCCGACGCCUCAAAAGCGGAAAAGAAGGGGUCGUUCCAAGCAGUUAUAUCGAAAUUAUUGGAACGAUGACAUCGCCAUCGACAUCGACGUCGACAUCGGGAAUUAAUGCCGGCAGGUCUACCGUAGCGCAGAACCGACUGGAAGAAGCACGCUUGACUAAAGAAGCGCUCAAGAGAGACCAAAAAGCAGCAGAGCGAAACCGACGCGAAAACGGCCGAUCAGAAAGCAGCCGCUCUGGUUCCUCCUCAAAGCCUAAACCUGAUCCGACCAAGGUACGAAGUUGGACAGACAGGUCCAAGUCAUUCAGUGUCGAGGCCCAAUUUCUCGGGCUCAAGGAUGGGAAGAUUAACCUACACAAGCUAAAUGGAGUCAAAAUUGCUGUCCCCGUGGCCAAGAUGUCGAUCGAAGAUAUUGAGUACGUCGAACGUAUCACAGGGGCGUCCUUGGACGAAGACAAGCCCCUAUCUGAAGUUAAGCGCGGAUUGCCUUCAAAGAAUAGUUCAAACCGAGAGUCUGCGUCUGGUAAAGUCGGUGCGUCUAUCGAGCCGGCGAAGCCAGAUUACGAUUGGUUUCAAUUCUUCCUGUCUUGCGAUGUUGCUGUCGGCCUCUGUGAGCGAUAUGCUCAGGCUUUUGCUAAAGAUUCCAUGGAUGAAAGCGUUCUGCCUGAUGUGGACGCGAGUGUUCUCCGUAAUCUCGGCCUCCGGGAAGGCGAUAUCAUCAAGGUUACACGUUAUUUAGAUAAGAAGUAUGGUCGCGAUGGCAAGAAGAAAGGUGUUAGCUUCUCUGGGGACGAUGACGAUGGCUCUGGCGGUCUCUUCUCGGGGCCAGGUGGGACACUCCGGAAUAAUACUCGAAAAGGUCGUCCCGCUCCUGCUGUUCAGACUAAUGACAAUAUAGAUCCCAAGGCGUUUUCUCAAAAAGAUGGUGGUGCCCAAGAUACAGAGUCGUCCUCUCCUGCUGCAACUCGCCCAAAGGCUACCGGUAAGAGUGGCGGCGGGUUCGACGACGACGCCUGGGACGUAAAGCCGGCCAAGCAGCAGCCUGAGCCCGAAGCGAAACCAGCUCCGACCCCCGAGCCAGCUCCAGCCGCGCCUGUUCAACCUCAACGACCACCAACGCAAUCCAUGCAAGAUCUUUCGCUCCUAUCGACUCCGCUAGAGCCGAUCAAGGUACAGCCAACCGCAUCCCCUACUAUCACUCUGCCACCUCCUCAAGCCCAGCCGCAACCCCAGGUUCUGCCUCCACAGACGCAACCUCAGCAGCCGGGAGCAACACCGGCCUUCUUCACAGGCAUCCCGCCACAGCAGACAGGUCUCCCGCAAGCGUCAGCUCAGCCCCUCAAUCUUGGCCUUGGUAAUAGGCAAAGGCCUACACCACCUCAAGUCACCGGCGCUCAAGGUGCUCUAAUGCCGCCACCACCAUCACGGCCAUUAUCGGCACCGCAGUCUGUGCAACCUAGCGGGUUUGCGCCACCUCCGUUACAACCCCAGAUGACGGGCAUCGCACCUCCAGGACAGAGUCUGAACGACCUCACCCAACAGCGAAUGCAGCAGCAAUAUAUGGGCUCCUUCCAACCCCAACCUACUGGUCAAGGUAUGAUGCCAUUCAACACGGGUGUUAGUAUGCCCGGCCAGUUUGGACCUGGCCAGUUUAUGCAACCUCAAAUGACUGGAGUGCCACAAGCACAGAGCCCAUUUGCAGACCCUCGUCCUCAACAAUUCUCUCCAAUCCAAAACCAACCCACGGGCUUUCCCGGUGGUUUCCAGCCACAACAACAGUUCCCGCAACAGACUGGUGUAAACUCAUAUCUCCCCCCCGCGCUAGAGCCUCAGCGCACGGGUAUGCCAUCGUUACAACCGCAGCAGACCGGCUUUGGUGGUUUUGGUCAGGGCUUCAAUCCUAGCUUAAAUAACGCAGCGGCCCAACCUCAACAACCUCCCGCAGCUCCUCUUCUCCCCCAGCAGACAGGUCCUCCGCCCCCCGUGCGUUUCGGUGUUACAGAUAAAAUUGUCCCCCAGCCUACUGGACGCCGUGCGAACCUCGCCCAAGCGACUCCGCAGAACCCAUUUGGCUUCUAG